AUGUCCAAUUUCAAUACUGCUACAGCUCCAAUGGAGAAGGACGAUCUCGUCCGCCUCGAGACAGUCAUGUCGAACGAGGAGAACCUCAAAAGCGACCACAUGAACUACGAACGUGUGGACAAAGAACUCGCCAAAUACACCGCUGGCGAACGCAUCGAGAUCUCCGAAGCAGAUGACAAGCGUCUAAAGAAGUUGAUCGACCGUCGUGUUNNUUUGGUUGUCAUGAUCUUGACCUAUUUUCUUCAGGCAAUCGAUAAAGGAACCAUGAGUUUUACCAGUAUCAUGGGUAUCAGAGACGAUUUACAUAUUGGAGGCAACCAGGUAUAUCCUGCCAGAUACUACUCUUUCUCUAGAGGUCAGCUGCUAAUCUCAAANCAGUUCUCUUGGCUGACGACGUGUAUUUACAUCGCUGUGCUGUUCGUCGAGUAUCCUACCAAUUGGAUCAUUCAACGCGUACCUAUCGCCAAAUAUCUCUCAGCAAACAUCAUCCUUUGGGGUACCGUACUCGCCCUUCAUGCAACGGCAACGAACUUCACUACCCUCGUUGUUUGUCGUACCUUCCUUGGUAUAUUCGAGGCCGUCUGUCAGCCCGCCUUCCUGGUCCUGUCAUCUCUUUGGUACAAGAGAGAUGAACAAGCCCAGACAGUAACAUACUGGUACUGCAUGAACGGCUUGCAACAGAUCGUCGGUGGUCUGCUAGCUUACUGUUUUUCGCUGCUCGGAAACGAUAGAACUGUCAAGUCGUAUCAGGCCAUCUUCAUCACUUACGGUUCAGCCUCCGUACUCUGGGGUUUCUUUGUACUUUUCUGGCUGCCUGACUCGCCUAUGCGUGCCAAAUGUUUCUCUGAGGAAGACAAGGUAAUUGAUAUCCAUGUCGUCGUACUAGGACUAUUCGAAACUGACUUUUUUACUUUUACANNGAAACUCAUGGUCGAGAGAGUCCGUUCCAACCAGACCGGUAUCCAGAACAGAAAAUUCCGUCCUGAACAAGUCAAAGAAGCACUCACAGACCCUCAACUCUACUGUUACAUGUUGAUUCAAAUCUGUACUACUUUGCCCACAAGCGGCCUGGGGGCCUUUGCCAACAUCAUCGUCAAAGGCUUCAAGUUCACGACUUUGCAGACACAGCUUCUGGCUAUGGUACUCGGCGCGUAUAUCAUCAUUGUCUUGCUCUCCUCAACUUGGUUGGUCAAGAAAACAGGCCAAAAUCUUCUCGUCAUGGGCGCCUUCGUCAUCCCUUCUUUCGCCGGCACAAUCGUGCUCAUGACCGUCAGGAACACGAACACGGCUACCCAAGCAGGUCUAUUAUUUUCAUACUACAUCGUCCUCAGUUUUUGGGCUGCCCAAACCUUGGCUAUGUCAAUGCUGUCUCGCAAUGUUGGCGGCCAGACCAAGAAAUCUAUCGUCGUGGCUGCAAACUUUGCCGCUUGGGCUGCUGGAAACGCCAUUGGUCCUCAAGUCUUUUUGGCCUACGAUGCGCCGAGAUACUUCAUCGCGUUUGCGACGCACAUGGGCUGUUAUGUGUUAUUGGUUAUUGUCAUUGUGUUUUUGAGAUGGUGGUUGAAGAGAUGCAACGCUAAGAAGGAUGCACUCGCUGCUGCUGGCGUUGGAGAGGCGAGAGAUGAGGCUUACACUCAUGCCUUUGAUGAUUUGACGGAUAGGGAGAACCCCAACUUCAGGUAUGUCUACUAG